UUCACGCCUCACGGGAGACCAGGCCUCUCCUUCUCCUCUCCAGAGUCAAAUUGAGCUUCGAAUAAGCUUCACUCCAUUACAGGCUCAUCUGAUUUGGGAGCUUUGGUCGGACAGAUUGAGUUGUGGGGUCGAUGGGGAGCACUUCGCUAGCUGGAUUGAAGGAUCAUUUGAAACUUGCGAGAGAAUACGCCAUUGAAGGCCUCUACGACACCGCCGUCAUCUUCUUCGAUGGCGCCGUUGCUCAGAUCAACAAGCAUGUUAACACAAUUGAUGAUCCUUUGCUUCGAUCAAAGUGGAUGAAUGUAAAGAAAGCAAUACUUGAAGAAACAGAAGUUGUUAAACAGCUGGAUGUGGAGAAGAGGUCUUUGAAAGACGGUCCUGCUGGUAGACGUCCUUUGUCUCCUCCAAUUUCGAGUAAAUCGGCAUCAUCAUUUCUCUUCCAACCACUGGAUGAAUACCCUACUCCAUCCAGUGUUCCAAUGGAUGAUCCUGAUGUUUGGAGACCUCCACCAAGUCGAGACAGCGCAUCUAGAAAGCCAUCAAGAGCAGGUAUGAGAAAGUCUCCUCAAGAUGGUGCUUGGGCACGCAGCUCUUCCACUCCUACCAGAACAGGAACCCCUGGUCGAGGGGGAAAGCCUGGAUCUGUUAAGGCUAACACAGCGACUCGAACAUCAACAACAACAAAGAAAGGGAAUGGGAAGUCUGCAAAAGUUGAAUCACCUAAUGGUGAGGGUGAAGAUGGGAAGGCUAAAAAGGUGGAAUAUGAGGGUCCUGAUCCAGACUUGGCAGCUAUGCUUGAGAGAGAUGUUUUGGAAACAAGCCCCGGUGUGAGAUGGGAUGAUGUUGCUGGGUUAAGCGAGGCAAAAAGACUUCUAGAGGAGGCUGUGGUUCUCCCAUUAUGGAUGCCUGAAUACUUCCAGGGAAUAAGGAGACCCUGGAAAGGUGUUCUUAUGUUCGGUCCACCUGGCACAGGGAAGACUCUUUUAGCAAAAGCAGUUGCAACUGAGUGUGGGACAACAUUUUUUAACGUUUCUUCUGCCACAUUGGCUUCAAAGUGGCGUGGAGAAAGUGAGCGUAUGGUUCGGUGUUUGUUCGACCUUGCUCGUGCCUAUGCUCCCAGCACAAUAUUCAUUGAUGAAAUUGAUUCACUUUGCAAUGCUAGAGGGGCUUCAGGAGAGCAUGAAUCAUCUAGAAGGGUAAAGUCUGAACUUCUUGUUCAAGUGGAUGGUGUAAACAACUCCUCCACCAAUGAGGAUGGAACACGAAAAAUAGUGAUGGUUUUGGCAGCCACAAAUUUUCCUUGGGAUAUCGAUGAGGCAUUGAGGAGACGGCUUGAAAAAAGGAUAUACAUUCCCCUUCCAAGUUUUGAAAGCCGCAAGGAGCUUAUCCGGAUCAAUUUGAAAACCGUUGAGGUGGCAACAGAUGUGGAUAUAGACGAAGUGGCACGAAAAACAGAGGGAUACAGUGGGGACGACUUGACAAACGUGUGCCGAGACGCGUCUUUGAAUGGGAUGAGGCGCAAGAUAGCAGGGAAGACGAGGGACGAGAUCAAGAACAUGGCCAAGGAUGAGAUCUCCAAGGACCCUAUCGCAAUGUGCGACUUCUUGGAAGCCAUAAAGAAAGUCCAACCCAGUGUUUCCGCAGCUGACAUUGAGAAGCACGAAAAGUGGUUCUCUGAGUUCGGAUCUGCCUAAUGAAUGGAAUCAUCUUUUCAUUUGCUGCCAUGAUCUUCUUGUGCAUCUUUGAAAAACAUAAUGGGUUUAUGAGGAUGAAUUGCUGUUGUGAUUUUCUUGUAAAUUUUAAGUUUCUUGUAGCUCUGAAGCAGAAAAUACAAUACUGUGCUUGUA